AUGGCUUUCGACAAGCGCGAGGGAAAGGUGUGCGACAAAUUCCCUCUGACAGACAGCUACGGUCUGCUUCAUCCUCCCAAAACUCUUUCCAGGCUCUAUUUCAUGAUUAACGGCAUUUUUUGGAAUAUUAGAGGGGUGGCUAAAGCCCUACGUAGAUUGAUUAAGUUAGUAAGAUUGCAUCAUGCUAAAUUUGUGGUGAUAUUUGUGGGAAAUUUGGAUCAGCACAUCUCUUUGGUUGUUCAACAUCCGUUUUUGCCUAGCUUGGUCACUAUGUCUUUUGUUCACGCAAAAUGCUCUAGGGAAGAGCGAAGGGACUUAUGGCUAAACCUAUUAGCUGAUAAACCUAGCUCAGCUCCUUGGUGCAUUGGGGGAGACUUUAAUACCAUUUUGGCACCCCAUGAGAAACGGGGGGGUCGGCCAUUUGGUGUAGCUGAAGGGGUGGAGCUUAUGUCCUUCAUGGAAGAGGCUGGAGUUUUUGACGUGGGCUUUUCGGGAGCUAGUUUUACGUGGUGUAAUAAUAGGAGAGGCAGUGCUAGAGUCUCGAAGCGGUUGGACAGAUUAUUAAUUAAUAGGGAAUGCUUGAACUUGUUCGCCUCGAUUUCUGUAGUGCAUUUGGCGAGAUACCCUUGCGACCACGCGCCACUGAAGAUUUCGUUUACCUCUCUCUUAGAUGAUAAACCACGUCCAUUCUGUUUCUUGAAUGUCUGGACGUCCAAACCACAACUCUUGGAGGUGAUUCGCAGUGCUUGGGAUCAAGAAGUGAGUGGCUCUCCAUUGUGGGUCUUGUGCUCUAAAUUGUUGGCAGCCAGGAGGGCUAUUCAGCACUGGAAUAAGCAUUGUUUUGGUAAUGUGUUCGAUGCUGUUAGGGAGGCGGAGGCAACAAUUCAAAGGACAGAGGAGGCCAUGGAUCAAGAGGGGUCGGAGAAGGCACAGGUCGAACUCAACAAGGCUCAAGCGGAGUUACGUCAUGCGUUGUCCAUUGAAGAGCAGUUCUGGAGUCAAAAGACUCGAGUUAAAUGGCUUCGCAGUGGAGAUCGUAAUUCCAGAUUCUUCCAUGCAGUGGUACGGCAGCGACGGGCUCAAGGUAUGAUUCAUAGAACAAAGGCGGCCAAUGGAGUGUGGGUGGAGUCGGAUGAGGAUAUAACGAGUGAGGUAAUAGCAUACUUUUCUGAUCUCUUCUCGGGCACGUCGAGGUCCUCCUCGGAUAUGUUGCAUCUUAUCCCACUUGUGGUCUCGGGGGAGGACAACAGGCUCUUAGAGGUGGUGCCUACUAUAGAGGAGGUUCAUCGAGUGGUGAGGGAAAUGGAUGGGAAUAGUGCUGCAGGCCCGGAUGGAUUCACGGGUUUUGUUAAGGGCCGCAAUAUAACAGAGAAUUAUUUGCUUGCUGGGGAAGUGGUAUCGGGUAUUGGUAAGAAAGUUAGGGGUGGAAACGUCGUUCUGAACCUGGACAUGUCUAAAGCUUAUGACAGGGUGUCAUGGUUGCAUAUCAUUGGAGUCCUACGAAAGUUUAAGUUUGGGGAGCAGUUUAUAAAUCUGAGGGCUCUGCCAGGGGGACCCGCUAUCGCUAGCAUUGUUUAUUAUAGGGCUGAGGUUCUGUCGAGAGGUUUAAACAACCUUGCGCUGCAGUCGGGUUUCUUGGGGUUCCGAGUUCCGUAUGGGUGCCCUCCGGUAACUCAUUUGGCAUUCAUGGAUGAUGUUCUUAUAUUUGCGAAUGGGUCCGCCUCCUUCUUAAAGGACAUCAUGUGUAAGUCGUCAUACAUUGGGGACGUGUGUCAGGCAAUCCUACAGAGGAUUUUGUCGUGGAAAUCAAAGCUAUUGUCUUCAGGAGGUAAGAUAGUUCUAAUCAAGCAUGUGUUGUCCGCGAUACCAGUCCACUUACUAUCGGCUACUGUGCUUCCUCGCUCGGUGUUCGGUAUUCUAGAGAAGGCAUGCUCGAAUUUCUUAUGGGGUUCAUCACCUAACGGAACAAAGCUUCAUUGGAUCUGGUGGUCUCAGUUGUGUUACCCGGUUGAGGAGGGCGGGGUGGGGUUUCGGCGGCUUGAAGACGUCUAUACAGCUUUCUCUUGUAGGUUAUGGUGGAGCUUUCGAAUAGGGACGUCAGUAGGGGCUGCGUUCUUGCGAGCAAAAUAUUGCAGAGGGACUGACCCCUGUCAAGCACAAUUGACGCUGACUGCUUUGCCGGUUUGGCGACGGAUGGUGAACGUGAGCCGACAAGUCGAGAUCUCUAUGUUAUGGCUAGUAAAUGAUGGGUCGUGCCAUUUUUGGUAUGAUAAUUGGUUGGGCAGUGGUGCUUUGUUUCUUCGUGCAACAGUCAUCCUGCAUCUUUCGUUCCAUAGCAGUAUCAAAAAUGGGAUUUGGGAUGUGAGUCCGUUAUCUCACCUUUUGCCUAGCGAAAUUGUGUCUUCUAUACUUCACCACCCGGUUCCAGCUGGAGGAAGUGCAGAUGAGGUAAUUUGGAUGCCCACACAGUCUAGAAAAUUCACCUUGGCGUCAGCUUUUCGUGACGUUUGGCAGGCUCGUAACACAUCUGUGGCUCUCUCUAAAGUUUGGCACCCUCGAAUCCCGUUGAAAGUGUCUUUCUUUAUGUUGCGGUUGCUGAUGGGGAGGGUGCCACUGCCGGAUAUGCUACGCCACCUAGGGUUUCACUUGCCAUCGAAAUGUCCUUGCUGCCCAGGUGCAUCUGAGGAAUCUCUCGAGCACGUUUUUUCCAGGGAUCUCAUAACGUUGGACGUCUGGAAUUAUUUUGGUGGUUGGUGUGGUGUUAGGAGCUCUGGUUCCUCCUUGUGA